GAUCCUGAGUACGUUCACAUCCCAGCAGUGGAAGCAUCUCAGUAAUGAGUUCCUGAAGGCCCAGCAGGAGAAGAGACACAGCUGGUUCAAGGCCGGGGGAACCAUCAAGAAGUUCCGCGCAGGACUCAGCAUCUUCUCUCCCAUCCCCAAGUCCCCAAGCUUCCCUCUGAUCCAGGACACGGUUCUGAAGGGGAAGCUGAGUGUUCCAGAGCUGAGGGUGACCCGGCUCAUGAAUCGCUCCAUCUCCUGCACCAUGAAGAACCCCAAGGGGGAGCUGUUCAGCUACCCCUCCAACAGCCAGACUGUGGCUGUCCCGGCGGCCAGGGCCCCAGCGCAGAUUACCACGAGGCAGCUGAUUGAAUUGUUUUUCUCAUCCCAGGCGGGCGGCCACUGCAAGAACAUCCCUACCUUGGAAUAUGGGUUCUUAGUCCAGAUAAUGAAAUACUCGGAGCAGAGGAUCCCCACUCUCAAUGAGUACUGUGUGGUCUGUGACGAGCAGCACGUCUUUCAGAACGGAUCCAUGUUGAAGCCGGCUGUGUGCACUAGAGAGCUGUGUGUGUUCUCCUUCUACACUCUGGGUGUGAUGUCAGGAGCAGCAGAGGAGGUGGCCACUGGAGCAGAGGUGGUGGAUCUGCUGGUGGCGAUGUGUCGGGCUGCUCUGGAGUCUCCUCGUAAAAGCAUCAUCUUUGAGCCCUACCCGUCUGUGGUCGACCCCAACGAUCCUAAGACUCUGGCCUUCAACCCAAAGAAGAAGAACUAUGAGAGAUUGCAAAAAGCACUGGACAGUGUCAUGUCCAUCCGGGAAAUGACCCAGGGCUCAUAUCUGGAGAUUAAGAAACAGAUGGACAAACUGGACCCUCUGGCCCACCCUCUACUGCAGUGGAUCAUAUCCAGUAACAGAUCCCAUAUCGUCAAGCUGCCUCUGAGUAGGCAACUGAAGUUCAUGCACACAUCCCACCAGUUCCUGUUACUCAGCAGCCCGCCUGCCAAGGAGGCACGCUUUCGCACCGCCAAGAAGCUCUACGGCAGCACAUUUGCCUUCCAUGGUUCCCAUAUAGAGAACUGGCACUCCGUUCUGAGAAAUGGACUAGUCAAUGCCUCUUAUACCAAACUGCAGCUGCAUGGUGCAGCCUAUGGAAAGGGCAUCUAUCUCAGCCCCAUCUCCAGCAUUUCCUUUGGAUACUCAGGGAUGGGUAAAGGACAGCACCGCAUGCCCACCAAAGAUGAGCUGGUGCAGCGCUAUAACCGUAUGAAUACCAUUCCACAGGUACAGUGUCUGAUGAGCCGUCCUAUCCAGUCAAGGUUUCUCCAGAGCAGGAAUCUAAACUGCAUUGCCCUUUGUGAAGUGAUCACAUCCAAGGACCUACAGAAGCACGGCAACAUCUGGGUGUGUCCUGUGUCCGACCACGUCUGCACACGCUUCUUCUUCGUGUACGAGGACGGCCAGGUAGGAGAUGCCAAUAUCAACACCCAGGAGCCCAAGGUGCAGAAGGAGAUCAUGCGUGUGAUCGGCACCCAGAUCUACGCCAGCUAAUGCAGGCUCCCCGGGGGUCCUUGGAGGAACAGGUCUGUACUGCAGAUAGACAGACAGACAGAACUAUAGACAUAAAUACAGACAGACAUUUGGGAAACAAACUCAGACCAGAUGAGGGAGGCUGAUGAUCUUUACGCAUCAUAUCUACGGUCUCUUUUCCUUUCCUUUCCUCUCUUUUUAUUCCUCUGCUUUCUGUUCUCCCUGUGUCUGGCUAGCAUGUGUAAGAUCAUAUGCUCCAGUGAGCCACACCCGUGGGCUAGAUAGAGCUGGACAACACAGGGAUGAAGCAAGGAAACCUUAGCUGGACUGGCUUGCCACAUAUACACACUCUGAGCUGAACUGCACAAACACACACACGCACGCACACACACACACACACACACACACUUCCCUUUCAGCCCCUGGUCUCUCAUUUCCUCCUGAGCCACUGUCAGGCCUCAUCCAUUUUAUUUUAUCAGCUGCAAUUUUGAGAAUCCUUUGGACUAUGUAUCUAUAUUCAUCAGUUCUCAUUGUGAAUAUCUAGAAGAAGAACAAAGAAUCAUUCCAAAUGUUUAUUACGUCCCUCUGUGGGUAUUGAAUGAUGGAUCUACAUGCAUAUAUACGUUUGUUAUUUUAUUGUGUUUGCGAAGGCAUUAUCUCAGUGAUCCGUUUAUUUAAUAUUAUUUGACUAAUUACAUAAAUUAAAGGGCCAAGAUGCAAUUAUCUCCCGGGGCAAAGCACUGUUCUACCAUGCCUCGUCAUGUAGUGGAUCAGUUUGUCUUCAGUUACCUCAGACAGAGGGACCUGAAGCCCUCUGGUUGAAUAACAUGAUCAUAUGUUACAUACGAGAAUCCAGCACUAACUAAUAUGCUAACAGUCUGUCAGGAGAUACUAGUCACAGACAGACACAGACACAGCCUGCUCCCUCUGUAGACUAAAGGCUUCUCUUGUCUUCUCCUGAUGUUUCAUUUAGGGAAAUUAGACCAGACAGUCAGAAUGAUAACACAGAGAGUACUUGUGCCCUCUAGACUGCUGAAUCUGAGAGAGCAUGAUGUAAAACCCAUAGCAACACUCUUCUUAGAGAAAUCACACUGAAAAGAGGAGCUGUUCUACCAUGGCCAUAGACUUAUCUUUGUGACUUUCUCCAUAAAGUACAGGACAUCCCAUUCUUAGAGAGACUAGGGCAGUAACCCCAGAUGAAUCCAUGCCCUACAGCCCAAUAUCCCUCCCUACCCAGAGGAGAUAUAAUACAUGGAGAUAUUAUAUGGCAAUGGCUCUAUUCACAGGACACUGGAUGUUGUUCAAGUGCUUUACUUACAUCUUUAUGGUUUACCUUUGGGAAUGGCUACAUUGUGUUUAAUUUACCCUGUUUAUCAAUUAGUUGUAUGUAUGUGUGGGUUAUUUGUAUUUUCUGUACUAUUGUACAUUAUACUGGACAUUGCACUUAUUCAACAUUUGCCUAGCCCAGAUAAAAUGUGUGUUCUCUCUCUCUCUCUCUCUCUCUCUCUCUCUCUCUCUCUCUCUCUCUCUCUCUCUCUCUCUC